UAAUAAAAACAAGAAACUCGUAAAACUGUAGAAAUAAACAAUUUUCUGUGCACAUAAAAAUUACACGUCUUAAAAUUAAAGAAAAAUUGUUUAAAUAAAUCACCAUGUCCACGGUGGAUUCCAAUUUGACCGAGCAGUUGGACAAUGACGAGGUGCGCGAAAUUCUAAAGAAUACUACCGACUUGCGGCAAUAUUCGCGUCAAAUUGAAAAAGAAUUUAAAGAUGUAGAAAACAAAUCCAUUGAGGACUAUAUUGCUGAAUCUCAAAAUAUAGCUAGUCUACACAAUCAGAUUGGUGAAUGUGAUGAUGUAUUGGAGCGCAUGGAAUCAAUGUUAAUGAAUUUUCAAAGCGUGCUAAGCAACAUAAGUAGCGAAAUUACACAGCUACAAAAGAAAUCGGUUGCAAUGUCUGUGCAGCUAACCAAUCGUCAGUCAGUGAAGGCGCAACUAUCACAAUUCAUUGAAGAUAUGGCCGUUUCGGAGGAGAUGAUUGCAAUUGUAAUGGAAACACCUGUGACCGAGAAAGAUUUUGGCUCACAAUUGAAUGUCUUAAAUCAUAAAUUGUCUUUGGUUAAGGAAUUGAGUUUUAAAGAAUCUAAAGCGACAGGCGAUGUGAGUGAAGUUUUGCACAAAUUACGCUUGAAGGCAAUGUCAAAGAUUCGAACAUAUUUACUGGAACAAAUCUAUAAAUUCCGCAAACCAAUGACUAAUUAUCAAAUACCACAAAAUGCAAUGUUGAAACAUAAAUUCUUCUUUGAAUUUAUAUUAUCAAACGAAAGACAAGUGGCGCAGGAGAUUUGUAGUGAAUAUAUCGAUACGAUGAGUAAAAUUUAUUACAGUUAUUUUAAGAGCUACUCCUCACGUCUGACGAGUUUAAAAUUUGAAGAGUCUGUUACCAAGGAUGAUCUUAUGGGUAUAGAAGAUAACGCUUCUAAAGGUUUAUUCUCCAAAACUACUAGCUUAAAACACAAAAGCACAAUAUUCACAAUCGGCAAACGCGGUGAGAUACUUAAUCAACAGCUGGAAGCACCUAUAAUAGUGCCACAUGCACAAUUGAAAAAUAGAUACACCUUUGAAGCUCUAUUCCGUUCCGAACAGUAUGCCCUUGUCGACAAUGCCUGUCGAGAGUAUUUAUUUGUAACCGAAUUCUUUAUGGUGCGUAGUACCCAAGCGCAGGAUCUCUUUAAUCAAAUUAUGGGCAAAACGUUGACAUUAAUGAUUAAAAACUUGGAGACGAACAUACAAGAUUGUUACGAUACCAUCGCAAUGUUUCUUUGUAUACAAUUAAUAUUUCGUUACCAGCUUAUGUGUCAUAAACGUUGCGUGCCUGCUUUGGAUAAAUACUGGGAUUCACUGCAGGCAGCUAUAUGGCCACGUUUCGAUCAUGUUUUUCGUUUAAAUAUACAAAGCAUUCGUGAUUGUGAUCCGACAAAAUUCAACAAGGAAAUGGGGCCACAUUAUAUCACACGCCGUUAUGCCGAAUUUUCUGCAGCUAUUGUAGGUAUUUCGGAACACUUCCCCAACGAGCUUGUUAGCCGGCUGCUGCUAGAAUUACAAAACGAAGUGGAGUGUUUUAUACUACGCAUGGCCGCUAUUUUCCCUACGCGAAAAGAACAAUUGAUUUAUCUUAUAAAUAACUACGACUUAGUGCUGGGUGUAUUGAUGGAGCAUACACGCGACAACUCCAAAGAAGCCGAAUCAUUUCGUGAGCAAUUAAAUGCUCGCAGCGCUGAAUACGUUGAAGAAAUACUAGCGCCGCACUUUGGCGGUAUAAUACAAUUUGUUAAAGAGUGUGAGCAUUUCUUUGAGAAGGAACAAAUGGAUGAACUGCGUAAACAGGAACGUCGUAGCCUUGCUUUGGUGGCGAGUUUCUCGACAAAUUGGAAGAAAUCACUCGAGGAGUUAAAUCGUGAAGUAUUGCUCUCUUUUCCCUCGCUACUUACCGGUUCACAACUACUUCAAUUAGCUCUCGCUAGUCUCGUGCAAUACUAUCAUCGUUUUCACAAACUCCUAACACCAAAUGCGCGUGCACAAUUGACAAAUAUACAUGUAGUAAUGGUGGAGAUUAAGAAAUAUAAAAGUAAUUAUUAAUUUAUUGAAUGCAAACUUCAAUUAAAUACAUAAUUAUAUGUUGCUUAAACAUGGUGAAAAGAAAUAAAGUUGUACAUUCCAAUAGUUAAAGAAA